AUAAAAGCGAAGAGCCAAUCUAAAACCUCAGGAAAACCUCUACGGAGAACGAAAAUGUCACUAUCAUCUUCUCUGCUACAUCUCCCUCCUCCAAAACCCUUUCUUUGUAUACCUAAACAGUACAGUUUUCCACCGUUUAAUGCUUCAUUGAACUUUUCAUUCUAUGAUAAACCUAUGUUAAUUGUAAAAAGUGCCUCCUUUGCUGCAACAAGAAGAGCUUCUUCUUUAAUAGUCGAAGAAGAAGAAGAAGAAGAAGAAGAAGAAGAUGAAGAAGAACAAGAACAAGAACAAGUAGAGGGAUUUGAAGCUGUUAAUAUUGCUGAGGAUGUAACCCAGUUGAUUGGGCGUACUCCUAUGAUAUAUCUCAACAAGGUAACAGACGGAUGCGUGGCAAACAUUGCUGCAAAACUUGAAUCCAUGGAACCUUGUCGGAGUGUCAAAGACAGGAUUGGUCUUAGUAUGGUAUGUGAGGCUGAAGAUAGUGGAGCAAUUUCUCCCAGGAAGACCAUAUUAGUGGAACCGACAAGUGGAAAUACAGGACUUGGAAUUGCUUUUGUUGCAGCAACUAAGGGAUACAAGCUUAUAGUAACUAUGCCUGCUUCUAUAAACCUUGAAAGGAGAAUCCUUUUACGUGCGUUUGGAGCAGAGAUUGUUCUGACAGACCCAGAAAAGGGCUUGAAAGGAGCUGUCGAUAAAGCCGAAGAAAUUGUGCUUAACACUCCAAAUGCUUUCAUGCUUCAACAAUUUGAUAAUAUGGCUAAUACAAAGAUUCAUUUCGAAACUACAGGACCAGAAAUAUGGGAGGACACUUUGGGUAAUGUUGACAUAUUUGUUGCUGGAAUUGGAACCGGUGGUACUGUUACAGGCACUGGACAGUACUUGAAAAUGAAGAACAAAGAAAUUAAGGUUGUCGGUGUUGAACCUGCUGAGAGGAGUAUAGUUUCUGGAGAAAACCCAGGUUAUGUGCCAAGCAUCCUAGAUGUUAAAUUGCUUGAUGAAGUUGUCAAGGUCAGCAAUGAUGAAGCAGUUGAUAUGGCAAGGAAAUUAGCACUGGAGGAAGGGCUGCUGGUUGGCAUUUCAUCUGGAGCUGCAGCAGCAGCUGCAAUUAGCUUGGCAAAAAGGCCUGAGAAUGCAGGAAAACUUAUCGUGGUUAUAUUUCCAAGUUUUGGUGAGAGGUAUAUUCCGACAGUUCUUUUUCGUUCUAUACAUGAAGAGGUUCAACAAAUGGAAGCAAGAUAGUAUAGAUCUGUACUGGAGAUACAAUCUACCAUGGCAUUCAAUUCUCACUUGUUUCAAAUCAAAACUACUCGACAGGUAAAUAACCUUUAUUAACUUUUCGAUCUGUAUUCGAUGAUCAACUCCUGUUCCUUUUAUCUUUAUCUAUUGUUUUCUAGGUGCAAUUUUUCAUAAAAACACAGGAGUUCCUACUAGAUUUUUCUUGAUAAUUUAACUUCCUGGUCAACCGUCGACCAUGUUAUUGUGCUGGUAAUCAGAAUGCUUUGUCAUACAUGGUGCAUACUCAUGCUGCUGCCUUCUGGAUUAUACAAUUUCAUGAUGAUCUUGGAGCUAACGAGUCAAUUUGAAAAUGCAAAUUUAGUAAUCCUGUUAAGUAUGUCAGACUGAUUGAUGUUUGAAAAAUCAUAAAUCAGCUUCUCGUUUCUGAGAACCUAUACCAUAAAUUACUUGGAAAAAUUUGUGUGAUUGCUUUCAUUGGAAAUAUUCAGAUUUACAGACAGGCAAAUGUUUUACUUAAUGCACUACAAAAACUCUGGCAUUAUUAUAUAUCGGUCUUCCACAUUGUGUCUUGUUGCAUUCCCAUUCUUGGUUGAAACUUCUCAUAAUAUAUGUAUGUAAUAUGUCGAAAGGAGUCAUCCUAGUUUCAGAUGUUUUUGGUAUAGUAUUAUGUAGUGGGACAAGUUAUCUGUUCAAUACGAGUCUAGGAAAUGCUGAUUACGGAAUUCCCAGAUGAAAAACAUUUCUGCGUAGAGGUAGAUGUCCACUGGAAACUGUAGUUUGUACAAAUUUGCCAAUGCGAUUUGAGAAGACCAAGCAAUCCAUGUACAUGUAUCCUGUUUGUAUUAUAUUUUUAGAUCAUAAUUAUUAAUAAAAUGUUUAAUUAUAUCAA